AUGCUUAGCCUAAGAAUCCUGGGAAUUUCAUUUACAAAAUCCUGCACCAGGAAUAUCUCCGCUUUGUACAUAACUGGCGACAAAGCCAACGAGAACUAUGUGACCCUGCAGCCGUACCUGGACUUCGAGGGAACCUUCGGCGGUCGAGAGUUGUUGGAGCAGAGCAUUGCGAGUAGGGGCUUGAAUAUCAACCUGGAGACGGUGCUUAAUAAGUAUCAAAAGUACCAGGCCCAUCAUGAGCAAUUGAGAAAAGUUGCUGAGGAUCGCGAAGCGGUCACCAAAAAAUUGAAGGAGCUGUCCAAAGCUGGAGGCAAUGACGAUCAGCUUGAGCAGCUCAAGGAACGUGGAAAAUCAUUGCGCAACGACUUAAAGAAUCUAAAGCAGGCACUUUACCCAAUUGAAGAUGACUUCAUCCAUGACUACCUGCACCUACCUAACCGGCUGCAUGAACUAUGUCCCACAGAAGGUGAAGAGAAGCUGCUGUAUCGUCACCAGGUUCCCAGCUCCACACCGGACACGCUCUCUCACUUGGCGAACAAGGAACUCAUACACUUUGUGGAUAACAAUCGGUAUUACAUGAUGGAACAGGCGGCACACUUUGAUGUGAAUGCUAUGCAAUCUUUGGCCCGGUAUUUUGUCACCAAAGGAGACUUCAUUCAAACCGCUAAUCCCGAUUUUGUGCGUUGUGUUCUUCUGGAGGCAAACGCAACGCCUAUGGAUGACUACCACAUGGUGCGCGAGGAGCACUUGCAGAACAAAAUUAAUACAGCUUACUUAACAGGUGGAGCUGCCUUUGAGAGCUAUUUGGGCGCCAUGACCAAGUUGUGCGUGUAUCCUUCGGUGCUGCCCCUGCGAUAUGUCUGUUGCGGGCGCAGCUAUAAUCGAGCGGAAGCCGAGUUGAACGGACCCUCUCCCAGUCUCUAUACGGCGACCCAAUCGAAUGCUGUUCAAAGUUUUGUGGCUACACAAACGGCCAGUGACGCGGAUUCUCAACUAGAGCAAAUUCUAAACCUAGCAGUUGACUUCUACAAAGCUAUAGAUGUUCCUUUUCGGGUGGUUUAUGUUGCAGCUAAAAAUCUAACCCCUUCGGAAAAUCUCCGGGCAGUCCUCGAGGUAUAUGCACCAUCUUUAAAGCGAUAUGUCUGUGUGGGACGAGUAAGCAAUUACGGAGAUUUUGUGUCCAAGAGAAUACUCUUCAGUACUCGGCGGGAAAAGCACUACGAUUUUCUUCACUUGGUCGGAGGACCAGUCUUGUACACUUCGAGGCUGAUAGCAGCUCUAUUGGAACAUAACAUAAAGCUGGAAGACUGCAAACUGCUGGGCUCUGCCAGCCAAGAACCCACAAUGCAGCAAAGUGUUCAGCAGUUCAAGGACCUCUUCAAAUAAAUAAAAAACCUUGAUCAGUU